CUACGCUCACUUGUUCACAUCUUGUCUGGAAAAGUUGCAACAGAGCCCGUAUGGCCACCAAGCCUAAAAUAUUCACUCACUGGUCCUUUACAGAAAAAGUUUUCUGACCCCAGCAAUAGUCAGCAGAAGAACAGAAGAGUAUAGCAGCAAGAUGUUCAAUACACACUGAAUUGUCACAAGUCAUUUCAUCACCAUGACUGGGACUGAUAAGAACCCUGAGGCCUAUUUCCUGAAAUCUUUCAUGUUAAGUGAAAAUGUGCAACAGACCAUUGGAAUAGAGAGUGGAGAGGAGUGAGAUCAGGUCUCUCCUCUCAGUUCCUUUGGGUUCCAGCUUUGCCUUUGCCCUCUCUGCCUUUGAAUGCACCCACAGGGGUGACCAGACUGAGCGGCAGGCUGAGCAGCUUGGCCUGUUUGGGGGGCCUGGGCUGAGCAGAGGCCAACUCUCUCCCUUCAGUUGCAGGGUGCCAUCAUGGUUGCUUCCUGCAUCCAGAUACUGGUGGGAUUCUCAGGCCUCAUCGGCUUUCUCAUGCGCUUCAUUGGCCCCUUGACCAUUGCUCCGACCAUUUCCCUGGUGGCCCUGCCUCUCUUUGAUCCUGUUGGCAAUGACGCUGGAAUCCACUGGGGGAUUUCCUUCAUGACCAUCUUCCUCAUCAUGCUGUUUUCUCAAUUCCUGAAAAACAUCCCAGUGCCUGUGCCUGUGUAUGGUGGAGAGAAGAAGUGUCACACCUCCAAGUUCUACCUCUUUCAGUUCUUCCCUGUGCUGCUGGCUCUCUGCAUUUCCUGGUUCAUCUGCUUCGUGCUCACGGUCACCAACACUCUCCCCUCGUCCCCCAUUGACUAUGGGUACCUGGCCCGCACUGACACCAAAAGCAAUGUCCUGCGCCAGGCCCCUUGGUUCCGCAUCCCUUACCCAGGACAAUGGGGCCGCCCCACCAUCAGCCUGGCUGGAGUCUUUGGGAUCAUUGCUGGGGUGGUCUCCUCCAUGGUGGAGUCUGUGGGUGAUUAUUAUGCCUGUGCCCGGCUGGUGGGAGCCCCACCCCCUCCGAAGCACGCCAUCAACCGUGGCAUUGGCAUCGAGGGCCUUGGCUGCUUAUUGGCAGGAGCCUGGGGGACAGGAAAUGGCACCACCUCCUUCAGCGAGAAUGUUGGGGCACUGGGUAUCACCAAGGUGGGGAGCAGGAUGGUGAUUGUCACAGCGGGCUUCGUGCUGCUCCUGAUGGGUGUUUUUGGGAAGAUCGGGGCUGUGUUUGCCACCAUUCCAACCCCAGUGAUCGGGGGCAUGUUCCUUGUCAUGUUCGGGAUCAUCAGUGCCGUGGGGAUCUCCAGUCUGCAGUACGUGGACAUGAACUCAUCCAGGAACCUCUUUGUCUUUGGCUUCUCCAUUUACUGUGGCCUCACCAUUCCCAACUGGGUGAACAAGAACCCUGAGAAGCUGCAGACAGGCAUUCUCCAGCUGGACCAGGUCGUCCAGGUGUUGCUGACCACAGGCAUGUUUGUUGGAGGAUUUCUGGGCUUUCUCCUGGAUAACACCAUCCCUGGAAGCCUGGAGGAGCGAGGCAUCCUGGUAUGGAAUCAAGUCCAGGAGAAUUCCAAGGAGACUACUCUGAAGUCCUCGGAGGUUUAUGACUUUCCCUGGGGCAUUGGCACCAAGUUCUGCACGUCCUCCUACAUCCGGGUCCUCCCCUUCUGGCCCAGACUGGACCACAGUGGCAAAGGUGAGGUGGGCAUGAGCCAGCUUGCCCACUGCUCCCAGGCUUCCUCCAGAAAGCACCUGUCAGGUGCUAUAGAAACCAGGAUGUGAGGAGAAGGGUCCUCCUGCAUGGCCGAGCCCUGGACAGACUUCUGCCUUUGCAAUAUGCACCAAUCUGCCUUCAUGAGCUGGAGGUGCCCACCCUCUCCAACACCUGCGGCACCUGUACACCUUGGCAGUCAGGAAGCUUCAGGUUAUAAUAGUGACCUAUAGGCUCUGUCCUGGUCACUUGGUCAUCGCAUUUGAUCUUGACCUGUCCCUCUGGUAUUCUCCCAGCUCUGGUGUGGACAGGUGUGGAUGCUGUCCACACAGAACUCUGCUACACCAUUGUGCUUUGCAGUGUUUUAAAGAUUGGGAGGAAGAGGCCUGGGUAGGGUAGGGACAGUGGUGGCUGUUUGCUGGAGGGUGACACUGAAAGCGCACUUUAUUCCCCUUCACCAAUAUAGACCCAGUUCUCAUAA